UAAAUUUUAACACAGGCUGAGGGCAACUGCCGUUAACACAGUUAACAGAUGUAUUCAGAGGUGCCCUCUAGCGGGGAAUCCCAAAGCCCACGUUAGAAUAUGGCUUCACAUUUUGAAUCGAAGUGAAUAAUUGUGCUGCAAAGAUGUGGAAUUCACAGAGCUUUUACGGUAAACUCUUGGAUGGAUGGGAGAAGUCAGAAACCAGGAAUGGAGUUCCCUAUUACAUCAAUCAUAAAAGUGAGAGAACUCAAUGGGACCAUCCUUUCCUUAGCAAAACUUUGGAGGAGCUAGCUGAAUUUGAUGAUGUCAGGUAUGCAGCGUACAGAACUGCCAUAAAGCUGAGGUUUCUACAGAAAAGAUUAAAGUUGGACCUAAUCACUCUCCCUAUGAUAAGCAGGGCGUUUGAUGACCAUGGGUGGUCAAGCAGUCAGGACAGUGUGAUCACCUGUGGAGAGCUGGAGACGGUCAUCAUGGAUAUCUUCUAUAAAACAAGGAGAGGGAAGCCAGGCAGCCUUACCAUUGAGCAGUCCACAGAAAUACUCCUAAACUGGUUGCUCAACAUGUAUGACAUACAUAGGACAGGGUAUGUCAGAGUCAUUUCUGCAAAGAUAGCCAUGGUUGCUCUGUGUUCUGCAAGGCUGGCUGAGAAGUACAGAUAUUUGUUUUCCCAACUCAGUGAUUAUGACAACACAAUAUCAAGGAAACGUUUAGGACUGUUUCUGCAUGACUUACUGCAGGUAGCUGAACUUUUGAAUGAGUGUCUGCCAUUUGGUGGAAUGGCUGCAAUAGGUGCUGCAAUCGACAGUUGUUUCAGUAUGUCUCGCAGUACCACUGGUGUAGAAGAGUUUUCCUUCCUGGACUGGAUGUUACUUGAACCUCAGACACUGGUCUGGCUGCCUACAAUGCAUAGGAUGGCUGCUGCAGAGUCAGUUAAACAUGAAUCUAAGUGCAAUAUAUGCAAGGAAUACCCAAUAAUAGGAUUUAGAUACAGGUGCCUGAAAUGUUUUAACUAUGACCUAUGUCAACAGUGCUUUCUGACAGGACGAGUAGCCAAGAAGCACAAGCUAACACACCCUAUUGAAGAGUACUGUUUAGCAACAACCUCCAAGGAAGACACUAAGGCAUUUGUAAAGACUGUCAGGAACAACUUGAGUAAAAGACACCACAAGAAAUACAAGCCACGGUAUCUUCCUAUUAGAGGGGAUGGACAGCCCAUGGAAGAGGACUUCACUGAUGCAGUACCAGAAGCUGAUGCUGACAUGCACCAGUUAUUACAGAGUGCAGCUAGGAAGCUGGCCCAGGCAGAGACACAGGCCCCACCAAGACAGUCCUCUAAGAUGCUACAGACUGACAUGGCAACAGGACCAAAGCAGCAGGUCACCCCUCCAAAAAUGUACAACAUUGUUCCCAAUGAGCAGCGGAGAGAACUAGACAGUAUUAUUCAUCAUUUAGAGGAUGAAAAUAG